AUGAGCGCAGAAGAGGAGCUUCAUGAAUUGCAGCAGAGGCUGCAGCAGUUCACAGCCUCCGUGGCCCCAAGAGAUGAUCUAAGGCAGUUCUUGAAGCUGUCACGCGACGCACGAGUGCCGAAUGCAGAGCUGGUGGCGCGUUAUGGGACGCAGCUGCUCAGCCACUACCGCAGAGGCUUGUCAGAGGAGGAAGUGUGGCUGCUGCACGAGCAGGUGGCAACGGCGGCGCUUGAGGUCGGCGCGACAGGCCUGGCGGCGGAGCUGAUCCGCGCUGUGCUGCGGCGCUUCCCGAAGGAGAGCAUGCGGGCGAAGCGGCUGCAGGGGAUGUUUUACGAGGCCCAGGGCAACCCAGAAAAGGCUGAGGGGUUCUACCACGAGAUCAUCAAGGAGCAGCCCAGCAACCAGACCAUCUCCAAGCGGCUGGUGGCGUGCUGCCGCACCAAGGGGGACCUGCCUGGCGCGGUGGAGUACCUGCGCACCUACCUUGACUACUGGAUGAACGACCGCUCCGCCUGGGAGGAGCUGGCGGACCUAUACCUGGAGGUGGGGCUGCCGCAGCAGCCACUGCUGCACCCAGGGGGCAGCGUGGAGGCGGGGGUGAUGGGGUUGUACCGCCAGGCGGCGUACUGCCUGGAGGAGCUCAUCACCAUGGCCCCCGGCGAGCCCAACCUGCACGUCCGCUACGCGGACGCGCUGCUCACCCUGGGGGGCGCCCCCAACGCCCGCACCGCGCGCGCGUACUACGCGAAGGCGGUGCAGCUGACGCGCGGCCGCAGCGCGCGCGCGCUGUACGGGCUCGCGGCGGCGGCGGCGGCGCUGCAGGGCCAGGCGGGGCAGUCCGACGCGGGCGCCAAGCCCGAGGCGCAGGAGCUGCCGCAGGCGGCGGGCGAGGCGCUGGUGCGGCUGUACCGGGAGCAGGCGCCGGGCAAGGUGCCGCUGGUGGAGGCGCUGCUGAGGCGGCAGGGCGUGCUGGUGUAA